CUUAUUGCCUCAGUUGUGUUUAUUUAACCUUUGUGUGUUUCUUUUAAUUAUGACUCAAAUAUGUAUACUGAUCCUGUCAAUGUGUAUAUAUUAUGCGUCAGCCGACGACAAACACAUCAAUUUGACAUCACCUAAGGAUAUGUAUGUAGUUCGAGCUACUGUUUAUCAAGUAGGAAUUUUAACUAACAAAACAAAAGAUUCGGACUUGAAUAAGACUGGUCAGCAAGAAGCGAUAACAUUCUAUCAGAACAAAGGUACUGGAAUAAAUCUGAAUAAUAUACCUGCUCCUCUGGUGACUAACGUGACUGCUGAGAAUAUAGUUGGAGUUGCUCCAGCCAAUGCUCCGUUUCCACUUAAUAUGAGCCUAUUAGGCAAUGCUACAACUCUACAAAGACUACCCCGGGAAGUGGUUAUACCAGCCAACAUCACGAAGGCUUCACUCUUCAUUCCAGCUGCUGCCGGGGUCCAGUCCAUCUCUCUUCCACCACUUCUAUCCUUCAAUAAUAAUAUUUCCAAAAUACCUGUACCUCUCCCCAAUGUAUCUGUUGUGAGCUACACAAAAGCCAGUACUCUUGUUAAAAAACCUUAGCAUCCAUAUAUUUUAACAUCAUGCGUAUUAAGCGCAAUUUCUUGAAACUGAAUAGAAAUAAAUAGGAAUAUUUUCAUAUCUCUCGCUGAAUACGACUGUAGAUUAAUUUAAGAUAACCUACAUUUCGACAUAGAACCAUGCACGCUGUAUGAAAAAUCUAACUCGAAGUAAUCAAAGUCGAGUUAGCGGUUAAAGUAUAUUUACAUAUUAAAACAUGUUCGUAUGGAGCUUGUAAAUUUGAAAAUAGAACCCAUGCUAUAUUUUUAUAUUGGCCUUUAAUAUUUUAAUUAGAUUUAGACUAAUACAAUGUUUUAAGAUAUUUGUGAUUAACGUUCUAAUAAAUUUAAUAAAUACGCAA